AUGAAGCUCUCCGCCUUUUUUGCUGCACUUACCGCUCUGGCCGGCGAGGCCACUGCGAAAGCCGUAUUCGCCCACUUCAUGGUCGGAAAUGUGUACCAGUCCUACACAGUUGACAAAUGGAAGAGCGACAUUCAGCUGGCCCAGGCUUCGGGCAUUGAUGGCUUCGUGUUGAACAUCGCCCCUCCCCUGAACGACGAUAUGCGCACUCAGAUCGCUGCCGCUUUCAUUGCCGCCAAUGAUCUGGCCAGCGAGUUCAAGCACUUCUUCUCCUUUGACUACCUGGGUGGUUCGGGUGCCUGGGGUUCCGCGGACAUCGUCUCGCUCAUGAAAGAGUAUGGCCCGAACUACGCUUAUCAGAAGGCUUCGAGGGGUGGUACUAACCUGCCCUUCGUCUCGACUUUCGAGGGCGGCAACUAUGCCAGCGACUGGACCACCAUCAAGUCGCAAGUCGAUGUCUACCUCGUUCCGGAUUGGACCGGCUCCGGAGCGGAUGUAGUCAAGGCUAACAUCAAUGCCGGCGCAAGCAUCGAUGGUUUCUUCAGCUGGGACAUGUGGCCGGAAGGUGCCAAUGAUAUGAGCACCACUCCCGACAAGACGUGGCAGGGCGUCCUUGGCGAUAAGGACUACAUGAUGGGCGUGAGCCCCUGGUUCUUCACGGACCUGGCUGGCUACGGCAAGCAGCGUCUCUGGCGCGGCGACGACUUGUGGGCGCAGCGCUGGGACCAGGUCAUGGAAGUCAACCCCGAGUGGGUCGAGAUUGUCACCUGGAACGACUAUGGCGAAUCUCACUACAUCGGACCUAUCUGGGAGGCUGGCAUUCCGCAAGACACGGCCAACAAUGCCGACGCCCGCUGGUAUGUCGAGGGCAUGAGCCACCAGCACUGGCGCGACCUUCUUCCCUAUUACAUCGCCCGCUACAAGACCGGCGUGUCACCGACAGUGACUCAGGAGAAGAUCAGCUGGUGGUACCGCCUGUCACCCAAGGCCGCCGGAACCACGGAUGUCACCGGCAAUGAUUGCUCUUACCAGACCUGCCUCGACCCCAACGCCAUUGUUCAGGACGAGGUCUUUUUCACCGCGCUGAUCAAAGAUACCACGAACACCAAUGUCGUCGUCAAGAUCGGUGACAACGCUGCUGUCUCUCACCCUGUCACGAAGGUCGGUCCCAAUCACUUCAGCCAGCCCUUCAACGGCCAGCUCGGCAAAGUCACUUUCUCGAUCGUGAGGAAUGGACAGACGGUGCUCUCUGGAACGGGCGAUGCAAUUGUCGCCGAGCCCGCCAACGGCGAGAGGAAUUACAACGCGUACGUCGGUGGUGUGCCCGACACCUAUGCGGAGCUUUGA